UGAUGACUCAUCACAUGACCAAGGUGCCGAUGAAUGAAGUCGCAGCGGGAAAGCUCUGGCUGUUCAUUGAUUGGACAUUUGGGGUCCUGUGCAGAGACAUCAGGGCUGAACAUUUUCCACAUGAAGAAAGUGACUGACAGCGGGCCAAGGGGAAUAAUGUGAAGACGUUCCACUGACUAAAUACUGGACCAACGCAGAGGACAUGAGGAAUUACUGACUGCUGAGGAAGUCAUAGACAGGCAGGGGGUUGAAGGAAAAGGAGACAAGUGGAGGAAUCAUCUUGGCUCGUGCAGCAGGACCGUGCUAUGAUUCUCCCUGCGGGGGUGCUGCUGUGGCUCCUGUUGCUCUCCAGACCCCAGUCCUCUCUCCAAGAAGGCACUCAGGAAAUCGAGAACAGUGAUGAGAUCCCGGAGCAAGAGUUUAUCUUCGCCCCAAAUCGGCAAAAACGAGCCGUCGUUGAACACAGCCGCUCCCAAACGGACAAAUGUUCCUACACGUUUAUUGUCCCCGAGCAGAAAAGCACUGGGGCCAUCUGUGUGAACUCCAAGGAGCCCGAGGAAUUGCUGGAGAACCGGGUCAACAAGCAGGAGCUGGAGCUGCUGAACACCGAGCUUCAGAAGCAGCGCCGGCAGAUCGAAGCUCUGCAGCAGCUGAUACAAGUCGACGGGGGGGUGGUGAAUGAAGUCAAGCUCCUGCGCAAGGAGAGCCGCAACAUGAACUCCAGAGUGACGCAGCUCUACAUGCAACUGCUGCACGAGAUCAUCCGCAAACGAGACAACGCUCUGGAGGCGUCGCAGCUGGAGACCCGAGUGCUCAACCACACGAACCAGAUGGGAACGCUCGGCUUACGCUACAGCGACCUGGAGCACAAGUACCGGCGUCUGUCGGCCCUCGCAAACAACCAGAGCGCCCUCCUGCUGCACCUGGAGAAGCAUUGUCAGCGGGGGGGACACUCGUACGGUGUGGUGCAGGAACGGAUACGCCCGGUCUACCCACAACCCCCUGUGAUGCCUCAGCCUCCCGUACAGAUGCCUGAACUGUCUCCCGGAGGAUACAGACCCUACGAUCCUCAGAAAUACACCCGGCACACCAUCAACCGCAUGAAUAAUGAUAUACAGAACGACCAGAACUCUAAAGCAGUACCACCUCCACUGCCCACGAUGCCAAGCUCUGCACACAGCUUUACAAGUGAGCCCGUUGGUCCUUUCAAAGACUGUCUGGAAGCUGUGGAGGGCGGAUACACCAACAGCGGCAUGUUCCUCCUGAAACCAGACAAGACCAAUCGACUGAUGCAGGUUUGGUGUGACCAGACACGUGACCCUGGUGGCUGGACCGUCAUUCAGAGGCGUACGGACGGCUCUGUGAACUUCUUUAGAAACUGGGAGACGUACAAGCAAGGGUUUGGAAACAUUGAUGGGGAGCACUGGUUAGGUCUGGAGAACAUCUACUGGCUGACUAACCAGGCCACCUACAAGCUGCUGGUGACUCUGGAGGAUUGGAGCGGACGUAAGACUUACGCAGAGUACGCCAGCUUCAGAAUCGAGUCUGAGGCAGACUUCUACCGGCUGCGAGUGGGACGAUACCAGGGAAACGCUGGAGACUCGCUGACCUGGCACAACGGCAAGCAGUUCACAACACUGGACAAAGACAACGACGCCUACACAGGUAACUGUGCCCACUACCAGAAAGGAGGGUGGUGGUACAAGGCCUGCGCUCACUCCAACAUGAACGGCGUGUGGUACCGGGGGGGGCAUUACCGCAGCCGCUACCAGGACGGGGUCUACUGGGCCGAGUUCAGAGGGGGAGCGUACUCUCUGAAGAAAGUGACCAUGAUGAUACGACCCAAUGCAAACACCGUCCAUUAACACACUUUCUCAUUUAGUCUGGGCUCUUAAAGCUAAAUUGCACACAAAAUAACUCACAAGUGAAGUGGCUGGAAUAUCUUUGCUUGAGUCUAAAAUACAAAACUUACAAUAGGAAUCUAAAUAAAGUCAGCAUUGCAUGUUUAAUAGUAACAAAAGGAAUUUAUAUCCAGAGAUCAAACUUGGUAAAACACUGGUAUUUCAGAGUAUUAUUGGUGGCCAUAUUGAGUAUGUAUGUAUAAUAUAUAGGGAUCAACUCUACAGGAAAUAGAUCUGGUUAUUUAUUUCCCCCCAAACAUGUUAUCGAUCAUUUCAUUUGUCGCUUAAUUUCAUCUCACUUUGGUAAGGUAAAGGUUAAUAAAACAAUGGAUUGAAGGUCUUCUGACCACUUCAUGUCAAAGUGAUCAAAGUCAACUUUUCUAAAUGAACAAGGAAAUACCAGGGACUGUUAAAAAGGUCGAAUCACCACUGUGUUAGUGUGCAGAUAUAGUAAGCAUCAGGUAUUCUGUGUGUAUAUAUAUGCUGCUUCAUUAAGAUUAUUUGUAUCAUCUGUAUGUUACCAAUCUUGCAAUAAAAUAUGCACAACUCUG